GCCAACUGUAGCCAACUGUAGCCAAUGGAUGAUGAAUUGCUAGCCAUAUUCGCUUCACUUCACUGCCAAUCGCAGAGACAGGAGUUGGAGACCAAGAUUUCUUGUGCCAGAUCCUUGGCGGACUACAUUUGCACAGUUUCACCGUUGCGUCAGCUGGAGGAAAGGCUUCAGGUGCUGCUGUGGUUAAGUCUCAACGCAGGUGAUCUGCCCUGGUUCCUCCGGGAGCUGCUAGCGCAGGUGCAGAGUGCCUUGCGGCAGCUGCCCCAGGAGCAGACGGCCACGGAGAGGUUGGGCCAACGCUGCGAUGAAUUGCUGGCAGAGACGGCACAGUUGUUGUCCAACGUAGAGCAAUAUGCAACCUUUGGUGAAAGUGUCGUACCCUUGAUUGAAGAUCUGAGCGUUAGCUCUUACAGCGUUGGGACGCUUGCAGACCUGGCUUGCCUAGAGACUCUGUUGGCGAAAUACCUGGCGAUCAGUAAGGAUUGGACCACGCAUGUCCAUUUGGUGGCUCCCCUGUGCUGCGCUCUGACGCCUCUCCUUCCUGUGCUUGGGGAGGCUGCUGUACAGAAGGGUCUCGUGAGAUCAAUUGAACGAAAGCAGAGGCAGGACAGCAUUUUCUAUUGGCUCCAGCGGUGGAUUUUCUGCUGCGUGCGACGACACGAGGAGACGAUGUGGGAUCCCGAUCUCUCCAAAGCAAUGCUGGCACCGAAGACUCCGAAGACCAAGCGAAG